UCGUUAGGCAUAAUCUACGUGAAUUUUCAUUUUCAUAAUUAUCGCACACAAAAUGCGUUUUAGAUAAGCUAAUUGCCCGUAUUGCGUGCAGACCAAGUGCAUCACGGCGCCGAAUUGUGUGCAACGUAAUCGUAUCACUGAGAAAAACGGUGCAAAUUGUGAAAAAUCCCCCGAAAAAACGUCGAAGAAAAGAGUAGCGAGGCAUUUUUUUUUUUUGUGGCCCAUACGUACGCGCGUUAUACUCGUACAGCAACAGACAACGUUGCCAGAUGAAUUGAAAGCCAUUGAAACACACACGAAAAGAGCAUAUUAAAAAAAUAAAAAAAAAAAGAAUUAAGAAUCGCGGACUGCGAAGUAGCUUUGUGUGUGAAAUAAAUAAAUAAAGUGUAGUAAAAGUGUAUUAAAUGCAUGUAUGUGUUCGAGUAGACAACAACGACGACGACGACACAACGAGCUAGCUACGUUGUAGUACCAAUACAUGUCAGUGAAAUUGAAUGUGUUUAAUUCACGACCAUUAUUGUAAAGAAGAAAAAGCACACACAGAAAAAAAAAUAAUAAAAUCGCAGAGAAAAAGAAAAUAAUCGCGGAAAUUCGCAGGUAAAUCUGGGCAAAAUCCGCGGAAAAGAGUGCACAAAGUCUGUGGAACCCCAUUGAAACUGCACUAAAUGAACAUUGUCGUCGCAUUAUCGCGUUUUUCUGAUAAAUGUGUUCAUCAAAACACAAAUUCGCUGAAAUGGUGUGCAAGGAAGACAUAAUUGCGUGGUUUCGAGAGCUGGAAAGUUACAAACGGAUCGACACAAUGUGCACCCUGCUAAAUAUGUGCCUUCCAUUCGAGUUGCGGUUCCUCGGCACGGUGCUGGAGGAGUUGGGGCGUCGCGAUGCCCAGGAAUUACGUGGCGUCGAGUUGCGUGUGAAUAAUCAGCAGGAAUUCGCGAACGACAUCCAGAUUUGUCACAAUGGCGAUCCGAACGACAUGCGAGUGCGUCGCAAAAUGGCACUUUAUCUCGCGCUGCUGCGAGCCACCUUCAAUCGGACGUGCAUCAAUGAGCUCUUUACGACGCUCGAGCAAUGGGGCGAGGGCGAAUUUACGAAUUUUGCCGACGGAGAUCCGUUGCAGGAACUCCUGCUGGUCUACACGAUGGCCACGAAUCAUCCGAUUUUCACGUUUGAGCAGCGCGACAAAUGCGGCAACGUUCUGCAAAAGAUCAAACAAUCCAAGAAUCUGGAUGUCAAGAUGAUGUCAUCGGAUGCGUCGCCGACACAACAAUCGCAACAAAUGACAACGACGACGGGACUUUCGAUGCAACAGACAAUUCCGCCACAGCAGCUGGCUUCUCCUUCCACAGCAGCGGGCUACCCAUUGCCGGGACAGUAUUUGCAUAAUUCUACAUCGACGCCGCCAUUGUUUACGAUGAUGAAUCCCGCAACUGGCUACCCCCAAACACCAAUGUCUCAAAUAAUGUCGGAUAAUCUCGCGCCACACAUGACUGUCGAGAUGGCGGCACAAUUGCAAAUGGCUGCGGGUCAAGCACCGAAUGUCAUUCCGAUGCCUGCUGACUUCUCCAUGCCGCCUCCAACGGCAGUUCCGUGGAACAUUCGACCCCAACACAACUAUCAGCCGUUUCAAUCAAUGUCCUUAGAGGGCUCAUUCCAUCAAUCUACGUCAUCGCCAAUGCUAAGUCAGCCAUCGUCGCCUGCCCAUUCACGCACUACUAGUCCAAAUCGCUCCGUGCGAACCGAUAAUCGUGGCGGCAGUAACACGGGCGGCGACGACAGUUCGUCAACACGUUCAUCGCAAACGGGUCGCUCUGACACAAGUGAUAGAAUACAAGGGAAUAGUCGACAACAGCAACAGCAACGCGGUAGUCUGCGGAACAGUAGGAGACCGUCAAUUGAUUCGACGCCACCGCCGCAGCAGCAGCAACAACAACAGCAGCAGCAGCAACAAUCACAGAUAGUUACAAUUGUCGGGAAUGAAGUGAUGAUUCCACAAAACUUAAAAGCGGAUUUUAAUGAGGUGAUUGGAGACGUUGCCCUGAAUCAAUUGCAGCAAAUUCGGAAUGGCUACAGUCGACAGAUGAUCCAUUCAAUCGCUCGGCAGUCGAAUAAGCAGUCCUACAUUCACAAUCAGCAGCAAUCUGCUGGUUUACCGUAUGCCGCAUUUCAGAACAUGCAAAUAAAUGACAUGCAUCAAGUGGGUGUCUUGCCGCCGCAACAGCAUCACAAAUCGGGCGGAAGUGAUUCGGGCUCGGGAUCUGGCGGAGAAAUCAGUCCGCCGGAAACGCCGAGCAACAUGAAUGCGAGUGCGAACGAAAGACGCGACAUGGUUGGAAAUAAUCGAAAUCGAAUGCGUGGCGGAGGAAUGAAUGGAAGACAGCAGCAGCAGCAGCAACAGGGCCAACAACAAAGUCAACAACAAGGCAGUGGGCUGAAAGGAGACUCACAACAACAACAAGGAUCUGUGAUAUAUUCGACGUCGAGCCCGUUAGCGGGUCAAUUUGCGACAACUGGCGACCAACAGCAACAGUUACUGUUGGCAUCGAACAACGCCCCAAGUAGUCUUAUAAGUAGCAAUAGUCAAAAUAACUUACAACAAUUGGCGGGCACGACGGCAUUCGUGAAUGCAGCGAGUACGGCAAACACGUUUCCGUACCAACUAGCGACAAAUCGCCAGAUUCCCGCGCAAGUAUUGUACAUUCAACAGCCGAUCCAGCCCAUUUAUAUUCCUACGCAGCCCCAGCAACAGUCGCAGCAGGCAACGCAAACGCAAAAUAUGCGAUCGUCGCCCUCGUUGCAAAUUCCGCCGCCCACAAUGGCAUCCGUGUCGCCGCAAAUUCAGACGACAAGUGCCGCGCUAACCAACUCCUCGGCAUACCCGACGAACAAAAUGAACCAAUCGUGCUUCAAUUGCGGCAGCACGACACACAAUGGGCGCGAAUGCCAGGAGGCGAGUAUGGAAGACGUUACUCGCACCUCAAUCUACAAGCUAGAUUACAACAGCAGCAGCGGCAAUUCCGGCACGGCGACAAUGACAACGAGUCAGUCGUCGUCGACGGGCACUUUGGCGCCCAUUGUUGCAGCAACUACUCAAUCAGAGACGAAUGCCUCAUCCACACAACAAGCCGGCACAAUUGUUCCCAAAAUUAAGCCACACUUCAAUCCGGAGAUUGUUCCGCAACCCGCUAUUGACCAAGAUGAAAUUAUCGAUCUAAUAUCCGACAGCAGUAGUAACGGAAGCAGAAAGUGAUCGUUCUAUAAGUUAUAAAAAAACAAAAAUAAUCAAUAGUAGUUAAAAAUAUAAAAAAAUAGCAAUUAAAAAUAUGAUACACGUGUUACUACAAACAAAAUAAAAUACACAGGACGAAAAUGACCGGAGAACAUAACUUACCGCGCUGUGAUGGAGAUUAGUCAGCAAAAGCAACGCUCGCCCACACAAUGACGAGGUACUAAAGUGACAUUUUCUUAAAAAAAAAUUCGCAAAGCGACAUUUUAUGUCUCCUCAAUUUUUUAUUAAAAAAAAAACAUUUAGUACUGACUAGUAAAUUGUCACAAAAAACGUCGUAGAACAAAAAAUACCACAAUCCUUACUACUAUUUUACGUUAGUUUUAUAAAUAAUUUAAAAAAAUCAAGAAAAACAGCAAAAAAUUAUCAGUGACAUGAUGAUUCGAUUGAGGAAAAGUCGUUGUGCCAUUAUUUAAAAUUUACAGCUAUAUUUCGUAGAAGCCCGUUUCCGUUUUUUUUACAUCAAAUUACAAAAAAAAGUACUGUGUAAACAAAAAAAAAGUUGAGGAUAAAUAAAACCUUAUUUUUUAAAUUAAAUUAAUCUUAAAAAAAAAUAUUUAUGUACAAUAAAAUGUAAGACAUUUAAAAAAAAUCAUAAAAAAACACAUGAGAGAUAUCAUUAGGUUAAAAAUUGAUGCAAAUUACCGUAAAAAAAUAUUUUAUAUUAGAUACGUACCUAAUCAAUCAAAAAAACAACAAAAAAAAGUAAAUUUAAUCGCUACUCUAUUAAUUAUAUUAAUAUAAUAAAAAUUUAACUUUUAAUGAAAUGGCACUUAAUUUUUUAUUAUUUUUUUUCCUCAUCAUAUUAUAGUUUUUUAAAAAAUUAGUGACAGGGCUACAGCCCAAAAACUCCUAUCUUCGUCCUACUUACUCGACUGUUAAUUAAAUAAAUAAUAAAAAGAAAUAAAAAAUGAAUCCUUAAAGAAUAACUUUUACUAUUAUUAUUUUUUUAAUUUAAUUUUUUUUUGUAUAUUAUUUAAUAAAAUAAAUAAGAUGAUAUUGUAAUAGAGCUAAACUAAACAAAAAAAUAAAUAAAAAAAUGUGCAGAGAGUUACGAAAAUGCAGGUUUUCCGGUUUUAUUUUUAUUAUCAUUAUUAUUAUACCUUAUUAUUAUUAUUAUAUGUUGUCAUUAAUAUUGUA